AUGAUGUCACUUCCGGGCCUUCCUCUGUUCCAAAUGUGCUGGAUUGUAAAGUGAACCACAAGAAUAAAACGCAAGAUUCGUUGCUUUCGUUUUCUAUUCAAGAAAGGACAAUAGGACAACUGGAUGUGCAAUAAGCGGCUUAAUCAUGUCUCGCAUUCUAAACAGUAUUGUUGCAGUUUGCCCAGAUAUGGGGAUUGGUAACAAAGGACAACUUCCCUGGCACUCAAAACGAUUGAAUAACGAAUUAAGAUAUUUCCAGAGAAUGACCAUGACUCCUUCCAUUGAAGGGAGGCAGAACGUGGUGAUCAUGGGGAGGAGCACCUGGUUCUCCAUUCCGGCUCAAAACAGGCCGCUAAAGAACCGAAUCAACAUUGUGCUCAGCCGGCAACUGAAAGAGCCCCCGGAGGGUGCACAUCACCUGGCCCCUGACUUCAGCUCAGCGCUCCGCUUGCUGGACACUGCUGACCUUGCGGAGCAGGUAGACCAGGUGUGGAUCAUUGGAGGGAGCUCUGUUUUUAAGGAGGUGAUGGAGGCCCAGGAUCAGAGGCGGCUAUUCGUGACUCAGGUCCUGCAGCAGUUUGACUGCGACACCUUCCUGCCUCCUAUCAAUCCCUCCAUCUUCCGCCUCCUGCCAGGGUUCCCGGGAGUACCGGAGGGAAUACAGGAGGAGAAUGGGAUUCUGUACAAAUACGAAGUCUAUGAAAGUAUACAAACCUGAGCCUGUCCCAGUCCUUUGUAAUCAUAAUCAUAAUACCAAUAUUAAUAAUAACAAUAUAAUAUAUUAAUGGUAUUCAUUAAUGAAAAUAAAUAUAAUUUUCCAGA